CUAGCUCAGGUCAUCCAUAUAUUUUCAUCAUGUGGCUAACAGCCGUACUCAAAUUGUUUGGGAUAGCAUUGGCAACUGACAAUGCUAGAGAGAGCCUCAGAGUGGAGCGAGUGCGAGGGUCGCUGGCUGGUGCGUCAUUCAGUGCUGACAAUACAAAUUCUCGGCUUCGUCGAGGGACGAUCAAUGGUGUGUCAGGGAAAGUGAACCUACUGCGGAGGCAAAAUUUGGGGUUAGGCAGUGCUGGCAGCUCGAUCCUAGACACAAAUGCGCAGUCUCAGGCAGGGCAUGGACAUAAGGAUUUGGUCAUCACGUCACACUUGAUACCGGGUGAGCAGGAGAACCAUGACAAUCCAGCUGAAGUUCUCCCAGAGGUUCAGAGGUUGGAAAAGGAUGCUGAGAAGGAAAUUGUAGACACAAAAGAAGAAGUGGUUGAAGACGUCACCGAGAAGCUCAAGCAUCCCAAAGACGGUCCUACAAACCCCAUUGGCGAAUGCUUAGGAGCAACUGUAUGUUUUCUCAUCAUUGCGUGCGUCCUUCUUGUUUCAGUUGCUGAUCAUUGGCAUAGUCGUGCGCAGCCCAAAGACGGGAAGGGCCAGAGCCCCAGGGCUGGGGAAGGGGGCGGGUCAGGCGGGUCAGGCGAUGGAUCCCCUGCAUCGCUUGCGUCGCCUCGAUCGAAAGGAUGGUUUCAGACGAUGGACUCUCGUGCUCUCAGUGAGGAGUUCAACUCUGUUUUAGAGGGCCUUGCCUUGAAUAACUUGCCCGGCCAGUUCGGAUUAUCCCUGGAGGCGCAGGAAAGGAAUUUGGCUACAUUUGGCCUGAACAAGAUGACUCCACCAGUCAAGCCGAGUGCUGUUUGGCUUUUGAUGAAGCAGGUGUUUGGUGGUGUCUUCAACUCUUUGCUUUGGUUUUGUGUCACUGUGGAAGUUGCAUUGGCAUCAUUCAUGGGCGCGGAUGAGUCUGAUUUGGUCACACCAGCCAUUCUUGCAACUGUAAUUACCAUGGCGGGUGCUUUACAGUGGUGGACUGAGCAGCAAGCAGAGUCAAUGAUGUGUUCCUUGCAACAGAUGCAGUCAGAGGAGAGUGUUGCGGUUUGCCGAAAAGGAGCUGUUGACGGAAUACCUUCAGAGCAGCUCUUGCCAGGUGAUGUGGUUUUGCUUGAGGCAGGUCAGCGGGUUCCUGCUGACAUUCGCGUGCUCAGCACAACCGACACUGCCCUCGUGGAUAACUCUGCUCUCACCGGUGAGGCGAUUGCAGAACCCAGAAAAUCCGACCCGAUUCCUUUCGAACGCGGUCAGCCGGCUGUGAGUCUGGUCGAAGCAAACAAUGUUCUUUUUUCUGGGACUAGUGUUGUGGAGGGUCGUCUUGCUGGUGUGGUCUUUGCAACUGGUGAUGGAACUCUCCUUGGGAAGAUUGCUCAAGGUGUGCAGCUUGCCCGCCCUCGGUCGUCUUUGGAAGUUCAGAUUGAGCACUUCGUGCACAUGAUUGCCAUUACUGCAACAUGUACAGGAUUAUUGUCCUUAGUUGCAAAUCUUCUUUCACCACAGAAGUUGAGCAUUGAGAAAGUGUUGCUCAACUCUUCUACCGCAUUUUUUUGCUUUGUCCCAGAGGGAUUGAUGCCUACUGUGACUUUCUCCUUGAUGAUAUCUUCUCGGCAGAUGGCAAAAAGGAAGGUUCUCGUCCGGAAGAUCGAUGCAGUUGAAACUUUGGGAUGUGUCAGCGUUCUGUGCAGUGACAAGACUGGAACAUUGACGUCCGGGAAGAUGGCGGUGACUGAUUUGGCAAUCAUGGAGGCAGAAGCCACGACAUUGAAGCACAUGUCCAUCCAAGAAGCUCAGAACUCUGAAAAGAGUGAAACGCUCAAGAAACUUGCCCAAGGUGGACUUCUGAACUCAAACGCCAAGCAAACAGCACAGCUUGAAUUUGUGGGGUCCCCUACAGAAGUCGCCAUUGUUUCGGCUUGUCACUUGAUUGUUGGGAAGCCCCUGGAGGAAGUUCGGAGUGAAACCCCACAGGUCUACGAUAUCCCUUUCAGCAGUGCUACGAAAUGGAUGCUUACAGCUCAUGGCUCCAAUGCUUCCAAUGGUUCCCAACCUCUCAGCCAAGGGCUUGCCGAAGCACAGACACAAAGCUCUCAAGAGUCCAACAUACGACUGCUCCUCAAAGGUGCACCAGAGUUCGUUGUUAGUUGCUGCAAGUUGUCCAACGAGCAAGUGAAAGCAAUUACAUCAUGUUAUGAAGAGUUUAUGAAUCUGGGCAAGAGGGUGCUUUGCGUGGCUGAAUGCAACUUUGCUGCGCCGCCAGAGUUUCAAUUUCAGGGCUCGGGCCCAAAGGAUGUGAACUUUCCGCUGUCUGGUUACACUUUCCUUGGUGUUUUUGCAAUUGAAGAUCCUCCAAAGCCUGGUGUGAGGGAGUCUAUCGCAAGCAUGAGAGAUGCAGGCUGUCAAACUAUCAUGGUGACCGGAGAUCAUCCCAGUACUGCACUGGCUAUUUCGCGUCGCAUUGGCAUACUUGGUGACCAGGAGGUCGUUGACACUCUGAGUGGGGAGAAUUUCGCAGCGAUCACAGGUGCGAUGAUCUCAAGUCAAGGACUGCCUCCCGAUGACCUCACACUGGCGGAAGUUGCAAAUGAUCCUGAGUUGGCGCCAGAGUGCGCUGACUUUUGGAGAAAGUGUGUUCAGCAGGCACGCGUUUUUGCCCGUGUGUCGCCCCUGGACAAACAGGCGAUCGUGCAAGCUUACCAACACUUUGCUGGAGAAAUUGUCGCAAUGACUGGGGAUGGUGUCAAUGAUGCCCCCGCCCUCAAGGAGGCAGAAGUUGGAAUUGCAAUGGGAAUUCGCGGAACUGAAGUUGCCAAGGAAGCUGCAGACAUUGUUUUACUGGACGAUGAUCUGCAAAGUGUUGCAGCUGGCAUGGAACAAGGGCGAUUGUGUGCCGAAAACUUGAGGAAGUCAGUCUUGUACACCAUGUGCUCUAAAGUGCCACAGGCUCUCCCAACUUUUGCGCAAUUGCUCGGCAUACCAGUUGCUUUGACAACUGUUCAAGUAAUCUUGAUCGAUAUUGGCACGGAUAUUUGGACCGCUGUUGCCUAUGCUGCUCAGCCAGCAGAGACCUCGUUGAUGAAGAAAAAACCCAGACAUCCAAGAAAAGAUGCCAUCGUAAACAGCAGGAUGCUUCUAUAUUCCUUCGCCUACAUUGGUGUCAUUCAAUCACUUUGCUGUUGGUCAAGCUUCUUUUACAUGCCUCAGAUGUGGACCUUGCUUGACAAGAAGGACGUGCCAGUGAUCUACACAGCCAGUGAGAAGAUUGCCAUCCAAUCUGGCACAACAAUGUACUACUGGGCGCUUGUGUGUGGACAGGUUGGGGCUGCUUUUGCCGCCACGACCACAUCAAUGUCUCUCGCGACUUACGGCAUUCCCAACAAUUGGCUGAACCUGUUCAUUAUACUUGAGUUUGGCUGCUCCAUAGCAGUGAUUUACCACACGGAUCUACAGCAUGCUUUUGGGAUGAAAGCUUUGACCCUGCGACAGAUGCUUGCUGGCUCCUGUGCUUUGUUUGCCAUUAUUGCCGCUGAAGAGAUCCGGAAGUUCCUCGUCAGAAGGAGAGAAACUGCCCGAUCAGAAGCUCCGUUGGCACCGGCAGCCAGCGCAUUGAUGAAAGACAACAAUCCAUCGCCUGGCCAACACAAAGAAGAAACGGAUAUGGAUGGAAAUGAAGCACUGCCAGACAUUGGUGGUUCUGCAUGAAGCUUUGGAAGGGUUCGCAGGAAACUAACAAUGCUCGAGCCUUGAACUAUCAAACUUUUUGUGAGCGGACUGCCCACACGAACGCUGCUAUGAUUGUACAGAUGUUUGCCUGUGCACUGUAUCACUGCCAGAUACUGCCAGACUGCAAUGGCACAGGCAUGCACAAACAGUCGCAAGUGUAAAAA